CUUUCUUUGUAGUUGUUUACACUUUGCGGUACUAGUUUACUGUGCAGGGAAACAGGAAGUGACCAAUUCGUACGUAUAUUGCACGCUGACAACCCACCAGUCCGGUCAACAGUUGGUAAACAAGGGUAGACAUUUUACAUGCUUAUUAUCUGCAUUGUCGGGGUUCUCUGCAAUAGUGUAUUCAUAUGUAAACAAUACCUGCGGGGUUUGGGCGCGUGUAAAGAGGAUGUUGUGUUUAUUGAUCACUUAAUACAUCUGUAACCCACUGCAUCAUGUUGUCGGGCUGACGAACCUCAGAAAAAUGUUACAGCAAACAAAAAUCAAUCGCAACUAAUCAAGAAAGGGAGGGCACUUCUAGUGAAGAUAAGCAACAACGCUUGUAAUUUGGGAAACAGAUUUGUAAAAAUGUUUGGGAACAUUUUUCUGUAUUGGACCAAACAGAGGCAAUGAAUUACACACAAUUUCUUCCUCUGUUGGAAUUAACUCUGUCAGAAACGGUUGAACAGAAGACAAGACUUCGGAAAAACGUCAAACAUGUCAACUCGGACAUUAUGGCGCGAACUAAAGCUCUCCAUGACGCGGUAGACAGAGCUUGUGGAUUUCUCUUGAAAUGGACGGGGAGCGUUAUAUCCAAGGAAAUGAAAAGACUUGACACACAUGAGCAAGAUCUGUUGAACAUUAUAAAUCGGGUGACAGAGGAAAUAGACGAGGAAGACAUUGUGAAGAAAAAACAGAACAACAUUCAUGGGAAAGACGGUAUCCUCCCAGAAAUCCACCGGCUGACUGAGUUUCAAUAUGUUUCUUUGAAUUUCACAGUUGGUCAAACCCUAAGUGACGAAUUCAUGAAAGAAUUAUGCGGGUCUGUGCAGAUAUACCAAAUAACUCCUCCAUCUUCAAUUCUGAAAAACCGUCGGAAUACUGUGCCAAACAUAAGACUCUCAAUGGUAGCAGAAUUCCAAUGCCAUGGCCAGUGUUCAUCUGCCAACAUCCACGCAAUCGCUCCGAUAUCGGACACAGAAGCCUGGGUGUGUUGUGGGUGGGGAAACAAGGAAAUCGAUCUAUACAGUACAAGUGGAGACAAAAAAGUCAAUGUUAAACUUGACAUUAACGUCAACCACGUCGUUUUGACAAAAACUGGCGAUCUCCUGGUCUCAAGCUACAAUGGACAAACCAUCAAAAAAGUGGAUCAAAGUUUGAAGGUCACCACUUUUGCUGACCUUUCCUUUUUCUCUCGUGGAAUGACCUUGACUGAAAAUGACUGUGUGUAUAUUUGUGGAACAGAAAGAAACGGAAGUUCCGGUCCGCCAACGGAGGAUAAUCGUCGGAAUAUAAUCGCAAAAUAUUCCUUGGAUGGGACGCUUGUUUCCGAAUUGACUAUAUCUCCGCAUGAUGCACACCGAAUAACUUUGACAACUGACAACAAUAUUUGCUUUUCAGACUAUGAAAACAGCAACAAACGUCAAAUAAUGUUAAUGGAUGAAAACGGCCAAGAGUUAUGCAAAUACGAAGGACCAACGCAGCAGGAGCUGGAGAGUCCCUUCUAUCCUCUCGAUUUAACAUGUGACCACUAUGGACACAUCAUAGUGUCCGACUGGAACAACGAUUGUGUACACCUUCUGAACAAAAACACAGGCUUUUUACAGUUUCUUAUAGAACAAGACGAAGGAAUUCAAAAUCCCAGUGCUAUAGCGAUUGAUAGAGAGGGGCGAUUGUGGGUGGGAAAUGCUACAGGCGUUGUAAGAGUUUACAAUUACUUUAGCUGGUAGUAUGGCUUCUGGUGUUGUAUAUACAACUGAUAGUCUGGUCGAUAGUAUGGUUAUUCUGAUGUGAAAGCGUUUACAUAUUAUUUUAGCGACCGUAGCCACUGAUAUUGUAAAUGAAGACAAUUUCAUCAGCUGUUGAUCUGGCUACUUGGUUGUAUGAGUUUACAAUUACAAGCUAGAAGUGUGUUGUGUCAUAGAAAUGUUAUUUAUCGUUUCAGAUAUGGAAAAGGUUUACAGUUACAAUGUAACUACACGCACUAGUUUUUGAAAUUUGCAAAACUGUUAUAUCUCUGACAAUGUUCUAAUAAACAUUCUUUAAAAGGUAGUCGAAUAUGUGUGCAAUUUCUACUUAUUAUGCAUUUAUCCUUCCUAUUUUGUGUGAAAAAUGAAUGUGAGACCUGAUGAACGUUCUUUGUGUUUUUAUGAAGCAGUAAAAAAUGUACAUCUGUAAUUCUGAUGAAAAUUGAAAGCCGUAAUACUAGUAACAUAAUGAGAAAUGGUGAUAUCAAAUAAUGCUUUAAAAACAAACAAUGUCUUCCUGUCAGCCUAUGGAAGAAAAGGCCUUAUGUGAACACUUAUAGUACAAAGGUAAGUUUUAAAGCUAAUCGCUUUAUGUUUUAAGGAGAGAUUUCUCUGUUUUCAUGCCGUGGAGUGGUUUCUUCUGAAGAUUUUCCACUCAUAAUAUGCAUACCUUCGUUGGACAAAAAAUAUACAAAGAUGUUUGAGUGUGUAUCUCUGUUCCUAAUGAUGAAUCAGUGUUAAGAUUUAAAGUAUCCAUGUAAAAGGACAAGCACUGCUUCCUACGUUUAUUUUCUACUCUUUACUCCGAUUUAUCAUAACGUUAUUUAGGAUAGGCUACUGUUAUUAAUAAAUGUUUAAUAAAAUUA